GCAAUAUAAAAGCUUAAAUAUAUUCAUCCUCCGUAACAAAGAGCAAUGUGAAUCUGGAUACCAUAUCCUUCUUAUCUGACAGACUUGCGUGCGAAAAGAUAAUAUCGGCGUAUUAUAUACCAGCGAGUGUCCGUGACGACCACUCGCUCACUCGCUCACUCGCUCACCCAAACCUCGUCCUCCUCCUCGUCCCCCUCCUCCUCCUCCUCCUCUUCUCCACCUCCAUCACCGUUAUCACCACCUCCAUCGUCAUGUCUCUUGUUACCUUCAGAAACCUUCUCUUUGGUCGGCCAGCAUGUCACCGGACAGCCAGCACAGAACCAGGCGCGCUCGAGUCUCAAGAUGCCUCCAUUCCGGCCCACCGGCCGGAGACCCAGCCUCUACUCGGAGGAGGCAAGCCGAGGCCUUCCUUCUCAUCUUCCUGUUCCAAUACCACUCGGGUAGAAGGAGAGCAAGGAGGCGAGAGGAGGAAUGAUGAAAAGAAGAAACGCCGUUUCCGCAUCGAUGCGCGCAUCAUCUCCGAUGCCACCAUCGGACUUGCGGAUGGUCUCACCGUCCCUUUUGCCCUGACGGCCGGCCUGUCUGCCCUGGGAGAGACCAGGAUUGUCGUCUACGGCGGACUCGCCGAGCUCAUCGCCGGCGCCAUCUCCAUGGGUCUCGGCGGGUACCUGGGAGCAAAGAGUGAAGCCGCCUCAUACCGUGAAACACGCGCGGAAUGCGCCCAACUCGCCCAAGAGGACCCAACCCACGCAGCUGCCACCGCUUUACGCUCCCUCUUCGCCGGCCCGGCGGCCUCGGCAUUACCCCCACACGCCCUCGACGCCCUAGCGAACCACCUCGCCUCCGCCCCGACCGAGGCGCGCGUCGACCUCCUCCUCCGCGCCAGGCACGGCGCCGACGCCUCCCCUGACACCGCGGGCGACUCUUCGUCCCCCUCGUCUUCUUCUCGCAGCCCGGCUGUCUCCGCCUUCACCAUCGCCACCGGGUACCUCCUCGGCGGCCUCAUCCCGUUGGCACCCUACUUCUUCGUCCCGUCCACCCCCGAAGGCGUGGCGGAGGCGUUGAAGGACAGCAUCGUUGUCAUGGCGUUCGCCUUGUUCCUGUUCGGAUACGUGCGGACGUGUGCCGUCGCCGGGUGGCACGGGCGGAAACGCGUGUGGCACGGCCUCCUGGGUGGUGCGGAGAUGGUUGUGGUGGGUGGCAUGGCGGCCGGGGCGGCCAUGGGGUUUGUCAAGCUUUUUGAUCGCUUGGCUGGCAACUGAGCUUUGCCGUACUGUGGUACAUGCAACUCGUCGUCGUCCUUGCCACUUGGUUCCCCUUUGUCCCGGGUGCUUCUUUUGUCUGAUCUAUCUCUACCUUGUUUCCACAAGGCGUUCGUGUCUCGGGUUUGAGCCGGGGUUUUUUAUUUCUUCUUUUUGGCGUACUGGGUCGAGAUAUCUCCACUGCAUUAUACGCGGCGUUAAUGGGUUGAAGGAAAGCCACGUUACCAUGUCAUUGUUAUACCCCGUUGUGCUGGUAUAGUGGUGUGUGUAUUUGAUACAAACGAUCAAGACGGAUGAGUAGACAUGGACUAUAUCCUCCUGCCCUUGGGUUUUUGUCAAAUGAGAAAUGAUGCCAUGCCAUGCCAUGCCAUGCCAUGCUCAGCGAUCAAGGUUCAUGCGCAAUAGCAU